GAGAAUGCUGGCAGAUCUACUCACUGACUCUAUUCACGGUAGACAUAAUGACCCAGAUUGAACAUCUUAUCAGCCUAUUUUUGUUCCAGUCACACCACCUGCGCUUCUGUGACUGCUCCCCGAACAGCUGAUACGGCUAAUCAGGAAUUCUGGUAAACUGGAGGUGAUAGACAACACUGCUGUUGACCUGAGGAUUGACUGUAUUAUAGAUCAGGAGAGUGCAGCAAAACCAGGAAACCUCCUUCACAACAAUAUCUGGAAAAAGAAACCUGACCGUGGGAGCAGUCUCAGUUGACAAACCUCUCUGCAGGAGGAGAGUUCAGCUGUGUAUUAGAAGUUGCUAUCAGAAACUGGGCAAAAUGACUCAAGCUGCAGUCCUACUAGCAUCAGUGCUGAUCUUCAGCCAUGUGGCUCACUGUACUUUCUCCCCCACACUUAUCUUGGACAUGGCAAAAAUCCUCAUGGACAAUUACUGCUCACCAGAAAAACUCACGGGCAUGAAAGAAACAAUCGAUGCCGCCAGCAGUAACACAGAAAUUCUCAGCAUCCCAGAUCCCGCUACCCUCGCCAGUGUUUUAACCGCGGGGGUUAAAAACACAAUAGGUGACCCAAGAGUGAAAGUCACAUAUGAGCCUGAAUAUGUACCUGCAGUACCUCCACCCGUGCCUGACAUCCCACCUGAGCACCUGGCAGCCAUGAUCAAAGCAACGGUUAAAGUCCAGGUCCUGGAUGACAACAUUGCCUACCUGAAGAUUCAGCACAUCAUCGGAGAGGAGAUGGCUCAGAAGGUUGGACCCCUUUUGUUGGAAUACAUCUGGGACAAAGUCCUCCCUACCUCCGCCAUGAUUCUGGACUUCCGCUCCGCAAUCAGUGGUGAGCUAUCUGGAAUUCCAUAUAUUGUGUCCUACUACACAGACGCUGAACCUUUAAUUCACAUCGACUCUGUGUACGAUCGACCCUCCGAUAUCACCACAGAGCUCUGGUCCAUGCCCACUCUAUUGGGAAAGAGGUACGGAACCUCCAAACCUUUAAUCAUUUUAACCAGCAAAAAUACUCUUGGGGUUGCAGAGGAUGUGGCGUAUUGCCUUAAAAACCUCAAAAGGGCCAUUAUCGUUGGUGAAAACACAGCAGGGGGAACGGUGAAAACUGACAAAAUCAAAGUGGGUGACAGUGACUUCUACGUGUCUGUGCCAGUUGCUAAAUCUGUCAACCCCAUCACUGGCAAAAGCUGGGAGAUUUACGGAGUGGCACCGGAUGUCGAAGUCACAGCAGAAGACGCACUUGACACCGCAAUAGCGAUAAUUAAACUUCGUGUAGAAAUCCCAGGGUUGGUUCAGGCCGCGGCCACGCUUGUCGCAGACAACUAUGCAUUUCCAAGCAUCGGGGCUCAAUUAGCUGAGAAGUUGGUGGCCAGCGAAUACAACCUGAUCUAUACAAAAGAUGAACUGAAGGCAAAGCUCUCAGCUGACCUCCUGAAAUUAUCGGGGGACAAGUGCCUGAAGAUCACCAGUAACAUCCCUGCACUACCACCAAUGAAUCCCACACCAGAAAUGUUCAUCGAGCUUGUGAAAGUUUCAUUUCACACUGAUGUGUUUGAAAACAACAUUGGUUACCUUCGCUUUGACAUGUUCGGAGAUUUCGAGCAUGUUGCUGCCAUCGCUCAGAUCAUUGUGGAGCAUGUCUGGAACAAAGUAAUUGACACCAAUGCGCUCAUCAUCGAUCUGAGGAACAACGUUGGUGGGUCCACUUCUUCCAUUGCUGGAUUUUGCUCGUACUUCUUUGAUAGCGACAAGCAGAUUGUGCUUGACAGACUGUACGACAGACCUUCGAAUACCACAAGAGAUCUUCUGACUCUUACGCAACUCACAGGCAGGAGAUACGGUAGCAAAAAAAGCCUGUUGGUCCUCACCAGUGGUGUGACCGCUGGCGCAGCUGAGGAGUUUGUCUUUAUCAUGAAGAGGUUGGGACGUGCGAUGAUUAUCGGCCAGCCAACACGUGGAGGAUGUCACCCUCCAGAGACCUUUCGUGUCGGUGAGAGCGAUAUCUUCCUGUCUAUGCCAAUCACUCAUUCGGACACUACUCAAGGCCCUUCCUGGGAGGGGGCUGGCAUUGCCCCUCACAUUCCAGUUCCCGCCGAUGCUGCCCUCGACACAGCAAAGGAUAUCCUCAACAAGCAUUUUGCCGGGCAGAAGUAAAUUUAUUGUCUGUGCCCUGUAUGGAAGCCAAAUGAUUAAGGAUGUGCUAUUUAGAGGGAUUAAAUAUUAUAGAGGGGCUGUUUAACCUGCAGUAGAUCAUGAUGAUAAUGUUUAGAAAGCUACAACUAAACCAUCUGUUUGUAGUUUUUAAGCUAUCCAUUUACCUAUUGUUUUAUUUCUUUCUUUUGUUUUUUGUGAAUUUCUAACUUAUCUAAUCUUAAGCAAACCAGAGGAGUAGAAUGUGGCAGUAAAAAUUGUAUCUCCUAAACAUUAUUAUGGAGGAUGCAGGUUUAUCACAGAAAUAAGCCCCAACAGUAUGGUCAGGAGACCAUACUGUUGGGGCGUAUUUCUGUGAUAAACCUGCAUCCUCCAUAAAAACACGAAAGGUCUUGUAUGACACUGAAGGGGCUUAUUUCAUGGAAAAUGCUUGUUACACAGCUAUUUAUCUCAUAAGUAAGGUAAGGGGCAUAAAUAUUGAUUUGAAAUAUUUUAUUUGCUAAUUUUUAAUUAAUACAGACCUGAUUAAUAACUAAUAUUUAGAUGUAGGCCUGUUUCACACUUGAACAUUUGUGUUGGGUACUUUGUUAACUAGUUUUCUUUGUAUGCAUACAUUUCUUU